CUCAACAGCUAAAAAUGAUGAUCUCCUAUAACAUUCAUUCCCUUGUAUUAUAUACCACUUCCAAACCACUAUAUGUCAAACCCACCAAAAUAUAGAUCCCUUCCCCUCAACAGAGAAGACCCAAGAUUGAAUUUUCAGUACUCAGUAUCAGUACCAAAUGGGUAGGCAAGAUGAUGAUCCUACCAUGGUUAACUCCUCCAUCGCUCUUCUUCAAGAAAGGUUUAGACAGUUGGAGAAGGUGAAACAAAAAAGAGAGGGGAAAGAGCUUGUUAGAUUGUUGUCAUCAUCAGAGAGCCAGAGGAACACCUCAUCAUCUAUGUAUAACCCUGCAUCACAACAGAGCAUGGGGGUUCGACUUCCACCACAUAGGUCAAUUAUCCAUGAUCCUCUUUCUCUUGGGCUCAAUUUGGCAACCAAGCAAGGAGAUCAUGAUCACAACAACACCAUGAAAUCACCCCAGUCCUCAAAUUUAUGGUCAAAGGGUGCAUCAACAUCAAGAAAAUUUGAUAACUACUCAGAUGUUGAUACUUCUCUUCACCUGUAAAUAUUUCAUCUAGUGUAAUUGUCUUUGCUUCCUCAUCUAUAUAUAUGUAUAACAGCCCUGUGCCAUCAUUUUGUAGCAGUGAAUGAUUAAGAAGGAUUUGUAUCA